AUGCCACGCACCAAAGCAGGUGCAGGUCGUUGCACUCCUAAGGCUAGGCCAUGGCAACAUAGGAGCAUUUCUUUGGGUCGCUUGCUAGAGGCAAUGCAGCCGGCGGCUUCUUCUGGGAAAGGCAGCACCAGCGGAACCAAGAGAAAGCAAAGUGAAAGUGCUACUCAGGCUGCUGGUGUGUCAGGAUCUUCUUUACGACCUUCAGGGUCAUCUCAACCUGCUAGUGAUGAUGCAAAUCAAAUGGAUGAGGACGGAGAGGAGGAUGAGACUGGAGAGUUGACUGGGGGUGACGGAAGGAGGCCGAAGAAAUUGACAUCUUUUGUUUGGGAGUACUUUACCAAGAAAACUGAGAUAGUAGAGAUGGAUGGCAAGAAGUAUGAACAGAAGUGGGGGUACUGCAACUACCCUAAUUGCAAGGCCAAAUAUAGAGCUGAGUGUAACUAUGGAACAACUGGUUUUCGGAACCAUCUGAAAACAGCACAUCAUGUUGUAAAAGGGCAGUUUCUAUUGAAGGUAGAAAAGGAUCAUGGAAAAGACAUCACGUUGAUUCAGCCUUACAGUUUAUUUCAUGUAGAAGGACGCCAUACUGGUCAUAAGUUGGCAGAGACCUUUACUGAAGUCAUGGUUAGCUGGUUCGUUGAGAAGAGAUUGUUUGCUUUGACAUUGGACAAUGCUAGUAGCAAUAAAGUGGCAGUCGAAGAGAUAAUUGAUGAUCUUAAGGAGAAUGGCAAUGCUUGUCUGGUUUGUGAAGGUAUUUUCUUUCAUGUUAGAUGUGCUUGUCACAUACUCAAUUUGGUUGCUAGAGAUGGUUUGAGUGUUAUCUCAAAAACAAUUGAGAAGAUUAAGGCACUUGUGCUAGUUGUAAAGGGCUCUCCAUUGCAAUGGGAAGAAUUAAUGAAGCGUGCUGCUGAGUGUGGGUUGGAUAAAAACAAAAGUAUUUCACUUGAUGUUUCAACUAGGUGGAAUUCAACCUACCUCAUGCUAUAUGGUGCCUUACACUACAAGCCAGCUUUCAUUAGGCUGAAGUCCUCAAAUCGCCGUAAGUAUGCUAACAUUUCUCCAUCUGAGGCUGAAUGGGAGAUUGCUACAAAAAUUUGUCAUUGCUUGAAAAAGUUCUAUGAUCUUACUGAACUUCUAUCUGGUACUUCAUAUCCAACUGCAAACUUGUUUUAUAGAGGUUUUUGUGAGAUAAAGAAAAUUCUUGAUAAAUGGUGUGUUUGUGACGGUUUCACUAUUCGGGAGAUGGCAAUUUCUAUGCAUGAAAAGUUUGAGAAAUAUUGGACCAAUUCUAGUACUAGUCUAGUUGUGACAUCCUUUCUUGAUCCUAGAUACAAGAAGAAGCUUAUAGAAUUCUACAUGAGAAAGUUCUAUGGUGAUUACUAUCAAGCUCAACUUGAUGAGUUGCUUACUGUCAUAAAGAAAUUGUAUCAGUUUAAUGCUACUAAAACUGCUAAAUCCUCAAACACUAAGAGUACUGUGAAUGGUAGUAGUAGCAUAGCAGCAGAUCCUUUAAGGGAAAAUCUAGAUGCUGAACUUGAAAGCUUCCUAUAUGAUGAUUGUGGGACUGAUAGAGUCGAGUUAAAUGAAUUGGAUAGAUAUCUGGCAGAGCCACUUUUGAAGCAACACCCUUUUGAUAUUUUAGCAUAUUGGAAGAUCAAUACAGAGAAGUACCCUGUUCUUUCACAAAUUGCUCGUGAUAUGAUGGCCAUACAAGUGUCAACAGUUGCUUCUGAGUCUGCGUUUAGUGCUGCUGGACGAGUCAUUGCUCCUUACCGUAGUCGUCUUGAUCCUGAGAUGGUACAAGCAUUGAUCUGCUCAAAAGAUUGGAUACGAGCAGCAAGAAAAGAUCCCAGGUAUAUUCCUUCAAUUGUGGCUGAUCUAGAACCUCCAGAGAUCAUUUCUCUCUCUCUUGAUAACCCGUUGCAUGAUGAGGAUCAGGAUAUGGAAGGAAUGGAAAGUGAUCCAAAUGUGAUGAAUGAAGAAGAUGAGUUGUGA